ACUUUCUUCAUUUUGGCAGUAUCUUCUUUUUUCCCUCUUAUCUUAAUAAUAACAACACCACCUUCAAACCAUAUUCCCCAUUUUCUCUGAAGGGUAGUGCAUUUUUUUUGCUCUCCAGUUUCUUUAGACGUUAAUCAUGUCUUUCAGAUUCAGAGGGCCGAAUGCCUCUUCUGGCAUGGGUGUAGCUGAUCACGGAAAAAAUGCAUUCUUGGAGCUGAAGAGGAAGAAGGUUCAUCGAUAUGUGAUAUUCAAGAUUGAUGAAAAGAAAAAGGAGGUUAUUGUUGAGAAAACUGGCAGCCCUGCUGAAAACUUUGAUGAUUUUACUGCUUCUUUGCCUGAAAAUGAUUGCCGAUAUGCAGUGUAUGACUUUGAUUUUGUGACUUCAGAGAAUUGCCAAAAGAGCAAGAUUUUCUUUGUUCAUUGGUCUCCUGCAACAUCUCGUAUUCGUGCAAAGAUGCUUUAUGCCACUUCCAAAGACGCAUUUAGAAGAGAGCUUGAUGGUUUUCAUUAUGAGAUUCAGGCUACUGAUCCCACAGAAGUUGAUCUUGAAGUGCUGAAAGACCGCGCUCACUGAGCCCUCUUGCAUCAAAAGCUAUCUUCCCCAGAAUAAGGGAAGAGCAUUAGCAGGGCCAUACCAUCAUAAUGAUUAAUGCUUAUAGCUUAUCGUUGGCCCCGUUUCUUACACAGGAAAAAUUCUUCUUAAAUAAUAUGGCAUCUGGGAAAGCUGAUUUCCAGUUACGCAUUUUAGCUUGUUAAUGUAUAUGGUGUUGCUAUUG